AUGCUGGAACAACCCGUCUUCUCCAGGCUUCAGCAGCCGCGCAGGCGCACUGCUGCUACAGUGGGCCCCACGCGUUCAGCAACCACAAGAGCAAUAAGGAAUAAGUUACACGAGGGUCUGUCCGGAUCAGGCACGGCUUCUGACUGCAAAAACCCUUUCAAGAUGAUGAUGGCAGCAGGUCCUCGGCCAUACCCACACCCACACCCACACCCACAGGACAUGGGUGCAGCAGCCCACCACCACCAACUCCAACACCAGCAGCAGCAGGAACUCUUCUCUGCGUACCAGAGACAGAGGCUGGCAGGCACUGAGCCCGGGCCUAAGUCGCCCUUCCGCGCCGGGGCCCACCACCACGCUGGCAUGCUCAGUCCAACCUCCAGCGGCUCACAAGUGUACGGGGACAGCCCGCUCUCCCCCAGGACUGACCCUCUGGGCAGCCCGGAAGCCUUUGCCCGGGGGGUCAACCCCUGCGCUUUCCAGGGGGGCAGUAGCCCCAGCCCCAUCCACGGCAACAGCAGGACGCCCUUGUCGCCACCUGGAGUCAUGCUCCACGGCUCUCCCGCCUCGCAGACAUCCUGCGUCAUGGCGGGAAGGACUAACACGCCCCUCUCCCCCAACGCCACCAAGAGCCCCAUAAUGAAGAAACCCAUGUGCAACUUCCCCCCUGGCAUGGAUAUGCCCCGAGCAGUAUUUCAUCAUGGGAAGGCGCAGUCGACUCCCCACCCUCCCCCCACGCCCCCUGCCAUGCCCCAGGCCUGCAUGCUCCAGAAGAAGCAGGUGAGCUCCGAGAAGGACCCGCUGGGUAUUCUGGACCCCAUCCCAAGCAAGCCGGUCAACCCGAACCCUAUGGCCAAUCCCAACUCCUCCACCUUCCCUCCUGGCGUCCACUCUCAGGUACCAAUGAUGAAUGUAAACAUCCCUCCCGCCAUCGUCCCGUUGCCAAGCAACCUCCCAUUGCCAACAGUGAAGCCUGGCCCGGUGGGCCACAGCGGCCACGUGCAGAGGACUCAGCCAACGGCGUCAACCUCCAUCUCCCCGUCCCCCGUCACAUCCCCAGUGCACAUGGCUGCUCCUCCGCACGGCCGCCUGGAGUCAUCUCCACAGCGCUCCCGCUCGUCCUCCACGUCCUCCGACCACGGGAGCUUCGCCAUGCCCACCGGCCCCCAGGCCCCCUGCGGCAGCAUGAAGGUCCCACCCCGCUCCCCCAGGUCCUCCCUAGGAUCCCCUCGGCCAGCGAUGCCUUCCAGCCCUUCUUCCGCCAAGCCAGACGCUCUACACCAAUACAAAGACAUGCCCAACCAGCUCCUGGCAGGCAUGGGCAACACCCUUAGCGCCCAGCACAACCCCAUGUUCCCCCCUCCCACCUCAGCCAGUGGUGGUAGCGGUGGAGGUGGUGGCAGCGUUGGAGGCGGCGGUGGUGGUGGUGGUAACCCCCAGAAAAGCCAUCCAGGCCUUCUGGGAAUGCCCCUCAACCAGAUCCUGAAUCAGCAUAACGCAGCCUCCUUCCCAGCCAGUAGCCUUCUGUCAGCAGCAGCCAAAGCACAGCUAGCGAAUCAAAAACAGAUGGGUGGCGGUGGAGCGGGCAUGGGCAGUGCAGGUGGUGUUAGUAGUGGCGGUGCAGGUGGAGGUACGGGCGCAGGUGGUGGGCAUCCAUGCAGUAAGGGUGUGGAUGGGCACAGCACUUUAAACCCCAUGCUCCCUCCUCCCAACGCUGCCAUGCUGCUUAACUCCGUGGUUGAGGGCGCACAGAGUGGCCGCGCCGCCCUGCGAGACAAGCUGAUGGCUCAGCAGAGGGACCCGCUCCGCAAGCGCAAGCAGCCCAGCGGUAGUGGUGGCAGCACUGGCACCAGCCACCAUGACAGCAUGGUCUUUAACAUGCUCAAGCCUGACAUGGCUGCCCACCCUCGCAUGCCUGGCGGGCCCCCUCCUUCGGCUGAGCAGCUAAGGAAGGCCCAAUCGCGACUAGCCGGCUUGCCCCCCAACACCUCCAUGGCCCAGCUGCUACAGUCCAUGAGCUCCCAGAACUCGCACAUGGCCCAGAACACCAGGAUGGGCCCCGGACCUGGAUUAGGACCAGGGCCCGGUCUCGGACCUGCUCAGAUGCACUUUGGGGAUGGGGUCAUGUCUGGCGGGCCGGGCCACCAGAACCUGCAGGCACAGCAGAGGCUCCGUGGUCCAGUCGAUGGCAUGCACUGCCCCCCCUUGGACCCAACAGGACAGGGCACCCAGAUGCCUUACGGCGGGAUGAUGAACCAGCUCCAGGCCUCGGCUAUGGGGAACAGUGGCCCCAUGGGGCAAGGCGGGCAACUCCCCAUGGGUAACCCUUCAAUGGGACACCCAGGCGCUCACCCACAGCAACUGUCUUACCUACAGCAUCAACAGCAACAGCAGCAACAGGGACAUCCCCUCAGCCAUGGCCGUGCAAAUGUCUCAGGGAUGAUGCUUAGCAGCAACGACGGAAGCUGUGCUCAAGCCAUCUCGGAGCCAGGUGACAGGUCCUCCAUGAACUGCAUGUCUAACCCCCAGAUGGGCGGCAUGUCUAACCCCUCCAGCCACAUGUACCAGCCCCAGACCAUGCGUCAGCAGCAGCAGCAGCAGCAGCAGCAGCAUGCCCAGCAGCAGCCUCUCCAUCCUGGCCUGCAGGGGAUGCAUGGGCCACCCCCUGCCUUCCAGGCCCAGCACCCGUACCAGGAAAACCUCUACAUGGACAACUCCUCGUCCAACUCCAUGGCCUGCAUCUACCAGAACUAUCAGGGUUGUAUGCCUGACAACGGCUCCAUGUCCCAUCAGCUGGCCCAUCCCCAGAUGACCUCACAGCCCCUCAGCUCGCUCCCCGAGGAGGUCUCUGGGAUGCAGCACUCCCUGCAGCAGUACCAGGCUUCCCAUCACCACCACCAACAGCAACGGCAGCGGCAGCAGCACCUCCACCACCAACAACAACAACAACAACAACAACAACAGCAACAACAACAACAGCAACAACAACAACAGGCGCUGAGAGACAUGAAGGCCCGAAACGAGGCUCUGGGGUCUGCUGGGACGGCUGGUCCAGGGGCUUGUGGGCCCGGACCCGGACCCGGAGCAAACAGCAGCAGCGGCGGCGGUGGUCCAGAGUCUGUCGACGCCAUCUAUCGAGCAGUGGUGGACGCGGCCAGCAAGGGCGUGCACGUGACGAUCACCACGGCAACGGCGAGCGGGGGCACGCAGGCCAGCCCUGUGACUGCGCUGAGCGCCAUGAGCGCCUUCACCGCCUCUAUCGGCGAGUCACACGCCCUGCAGCACCAUGGCAACAUCAACACUUCUGCCGCCAUGCACGGCCAGCAGGGGGAACCCUCCGUCGCCGCCAACCCUGCUACACGAGGCCCCGGCGGCGCUAGGCAACCCCGGCCUGGUCGCCCGCGCAAGAACUCCGAGCAGGGCAGGAGUCCUCCUGAGGCGACGCCCCACGAGUACUUCCGCUCUCCGUCUGGCGGCAGCGGGGGCGGGGGCACUCCCAGAGGGCAGUGGGAGGGGUUGGACUCAGGUGGACAGACGCCGUGGCAGGGGGGAGGAGCCACGGGAGGCGGGGCAGGGGAGGAGUUCUUAGAAUGCUCCACCCACGUACGCAGCAGCCCCGCCCAGCCAACCCCGGUCGUCGACGCUGGUCUCUCCUCAGACCGGACGCCGUCCUCCUACCUGGAGGAAAGCUUCCGCUUCGGCGGCCGCGCGCCCAUCAACUACAAGGAGCGUCUGGAGCAGACCGUGGAGCGCUGUGCCCACAUGAACGGCGGCGGCCCCAUCCGGCCGCCCGGCGCCUACAGCGACCCGCUGGGCCCCCCGCGUCAGGAGUUGACGGGGGACGACCAGUCGCCCAGCUCCUCCACCAGCCUGGAGGGCCCGCUGGCGAAGGACUACGGCCACUACAACGGGCACUACAACGGGCACUGCGCGCCCAGCCCCUCGGACACGCGCAGCCUGAGCAGCGAGGAGGAGCUGCGCCACCCGGACUCGCCCGCCCCUGAGCUGCUGCACUACCGCCAGCGCGCCUUCAGCAUGGGCGAGCUGGUCUGGAGCCAGAUCAAGGGCUUCCCGCCCUGGCCGGGCAAACUGGCGGGCGGAGAGGAGCAGCUGCACAAGGCCGGCAUGCAGCUCUCUGAGCCGGGCAAGGUGGAGCCUGAGAAACUGAAAACACUAACGCAUGACCUGGAGGCAUUGGAGAGGGUAGCCAAGAUGAAUAGAAAGUCUGGGAAGCUGAAUAAUCAUUUGGAAGCUGCUAUCCAGGAGGCCAUGAGUGAGCUGGACAAGAUAAGCACUGUUCACCAGAUCCCGUCGCGAGAGCGCCAGGUCCGGCUGCCCAAACCGAAGCGGAGGAAGAUCUCCAGAUAACAUUGAGUUCUGAGGGGUAGCAGUCAGUGCGGUAUCCAGCCUCAAAGGGGGUUGUGUUUAACACACACACACACACACACACACACACACACACACACACACACCCGCCAUCCCCAUUCUCUAUUCUCCCUCCUCCCCUUUAGGUGCUGUGACCGUCAGUUUAGGUGCAGUGCUGUCCCAAGUCCUUCUAUCUGUCUGACUGAUAGACUGUAAGUGAAGGGGCUGGAUAAGCCAAUCAGAAAACUGCAAAGAAAAACAUUUCUUGGGAGGAGAGAGAGAAAAAAGGAGGGGGAAAAAAAACUCAAAAUGGUUGCAAUUUGUCUACAGCUCGCUGAAGAACUAUUUUUUUCUAGAAUACAAGAAGAUGACAAAAACUUGAAAAAAAUACACAAAGGAAAAAAAAAAAAUUAUUGCAUUUAAGAAAAAUAGACAGUCCAAAUAUUUCUGAUACAUUUUCAAUAUGUAUAUAGAAAACAGAAAAUUUCAUGGUGAAAUGCCGAGAAGAGAAAAAGCAAAACUGUAUAUAUUGUACAUUAAUGCCAUGUACAAGCAGACCUAAUGCACACUCUAUCUUUUAUUGUACAAAAAGAAAACAAGAAGACUCCCAAACCAGACAGAGGUGUACCAAUGUCCUUGGUUUUAUUCAGCGCGUGGUCAAUAUGACCCCGUGCGCUAGAGAACUGAC